ACACACUCACACACAGACAGACCAACAGACAGACACUCCACACGCCAAAACGACGAAACAACCCAAACGAGCCCCACGGAGCCCGAUUCCGAACACGCAGCCCGAAAACACAAGACUCACACGACUCGCUCGUUGGUUCGUUGGUUAAUCCGGGCGGUUCAUCCUCAUCAUCCUAGUGGCACACGCUCGAUCGAUUCCGCCCUCAUCGACGGCUUGAGUAUCCUUCGGAAUUGCUGGCGGCCCGUCAUUGGUUCCGUGUCAUCCCUCCAUCGCCUCAUCGUUCCACCCGUGAAUCUGUCCGGAAAUGGACUGACUGUCGCUUGACGGACGAGUCGACUGGUCCAUCGGACGGUGACCUUCCCCCGGAGCCAGUGGGUCCCAGGAGCCCAGUCAUGGGCUGGAUUGAUUGCCCGCGGGUCUCCCGUCCGCUCUAAAGCGCCCUCCGCUCUCCUUAACUUGCGAGUGAGUGGGUGGGUCGAGGUCUGCGUGAGCGGGACCACCCCCCUCGUCCACCUCCGACCAGCGCUGGUUUGAGGAUUCAUCGAUGAGUCAUUCAUCCUUCAUGGCGCAACGGACUGGCCGGUCCUUUCCCUGUCAUGGCCCGCCCACCUCGACGGCUGAUGAUUCGGCUCGGCCACCAAUCUCACCGCCCCACGGGGUGGAUCCCAAGUUUGCCGCCCCAUUGUCGUCCACCUCGCAUUUGUUGCCUAUUCGUCCGGUGCCUUUAUCUCAUUUGCAAAGCGGUCAAUCGCCCACCUUAGCCCGCGUUAAAGCCGGCCCCCAGAGCUCGACCGCAGCAUCGACGGGCACCCCGCCGCCGAAUGGGACUACUUUCUUCCGUCCCAUUGGACUCGGCGGUUCCCCGUCAGCCACGUCGACGCCGAUAUCACGAUGCGCCGGAUCGACCCGUGUCCCUAAGACCUCGGGCCUGGAUGCCGAUGCCGAAUUAGAUUGGCAGCUCGAAAAUGGCAGUCGUGAUUCGGCGUUUGAAGAUGACUUAUCCUGUUCGCGCACCACGCCCAUCAACCAUACCUCCAUUCGUAAUCGCAAGUGGCGUCAGCACAGUUGUCCAGGAGGAGCCCGGGUCAAACGGGAAACCUACCCACUUGAUCACUCGAUCGAACCCAUCUCCAUCGAAACUACGGGUCGUCGCGAUUCGGGCUUUCAUAGUGCCGGUCCCUUGUCGGCGCCGGGUUCCUUUUAUCCCAACUCGUUCCUCCCCGAAUCGAGUGCCGUCUCACCUCUCUCGCACACCCCGGGCUUGGUAUCGCCCUCGUCGACCACGUCGUCUUUGCCUAGUCCUCGAGCACCGAACCUUCUACCGUCCAUGAUGGGCAGUGGUACAACGAGCCUGCCGCUCCUCCCACCUUUCACUCCGACCCCACCCUCGCCCGUGGUCUCGCCCGAGCCAACCGGUGCCAAUGCUUCGUACCUGCAUAAUCCCCUUCUGGCCUCGCCCUUGCUACAUCCUAUGCAUCCGUUGAACUACCGUUGGCCGGCUGAAUCGUUGUCCAGCCCGUUCUAUCUUUGCACGGGAAUGCCCUAUCCGCCAUCACUUUUAUGGAAUCCAUCUUUGUUCCGGUUGUAUCCUCCGGCGGCGCAUUCACAUCCCUUUGAGCCUAACAAUCUCACUACUAGUCCCAUGAACCCGAUGAAUCAUCAUCCUCAUUUCCUGGCCGCCAACGGACAUGAGAUCAACCCUCAUGUUCUUGGUUCUAAUCGACCACUCAAUAUGUCUUCAAAGCCAGAUAUCCAAGACCUCUCUCGCAAUGCCUUAGACAAAGUGAAACUUGGUGAAGAUGUGGAUAUGAAACCCAUAAGAGAGUCCUUACGUACAAGCAAUGCCAAAAGCCAAUUGAGUCACCCAGUUGUGCCACAGUCUAAGGAAGUCCUGCCCGGUGAAGUGAAAAUAGAAAUCAUGGAUACCACUAAUCUGAAAGACGAGAGAGAUCAAAACAUCACAGUGACCGAUGAUCCGAACGAAGAGGGAUCAAUGUGUAAGGCCGUUCAGGAUCAAAAUGGCCUAUAUUUGUUAAGUCGCGGGAUCGAACGUCUGAACGAAUGUGGUGAAACGCGUGUGGCAUCGUCAGUUAGUCCAAGAUCUGAUCCCGGUAAUUUGGGUGGGGCCCCAAUAUUCCGACGUCGAUUAUCUCGACUAGAUUUGUUAUGUGACGCUGCUAGUACCGUAGAGACUCCAUCCGAAGAUCUCUCCGAGCGACAAAUACUCAGUGCACCAAAUUCGCCCAAACCCACUAAUGAUGAAUCGAAUGGUCCGGAAAGUAGAUCAAAAAGUCUCGAUGGAGUCAAAUCAGCCUUGAAUCGUCGAUACACCAGCCCCGAAGCCGAGCGUGACGUGAAGGCCUACUUAGCCAGUAAGUCAAAAUCUCCCAAGCGGAUUAUCGACAAGGGGCCCAAAGUGAACAUUGUGGCUCCUUUGUUAGGAGGCCCCCCGAAAACUGAACCCAUAUCCGAGAAAGAGUUGUCUAUGCGCAGCAGCAUGGCAGACAUUCAGAGACAGUAUCAAGAAAAGUACAAACAAUUGUUCAAACUGCAGCAUCAAUGCCUCAAACAGAAGCGAAAUGACUCGCACCCGUCCCACUCAGCUUCAACAUCAGAGUCACCCAAGUCAAAAAAGCUUAAAUCCGCAACAACAACAACAACAACUACUACUACAAGUACGCCUACUCAUGCACCAUUGAUGGUAGAUUCCAAAAACAAAGUAAAAAGACCGGGCGAUCUUCAUUCUGGAACACACCAACGAGAAGAACCGUUCGUUAACAACGCAAAUGCUUCCCAAAGUGAACCCGUCGUUGAUCGAAGUAUUUUGAAUGACCUCCGAAUCCAUAAUGGGAAAGAUCCCCGUGAUUUCAAGGCUUGCCCUUUGUCAAUGACAAGUAAGCUCAACUCUACGCUGAAGCCAUCCCAUGACGAGACUCAAAAACUCAAGUCAAUCCUCGAUUCUCAGCAUUCUAAAGUAACCAAGAAUCCCUCAAAGCAUGGGUUCAAGCGUUCCCCUGAGACUCUCUAUCGUUGGGAGGUCCGGCCCGAGCCUUCGCCCAAUUCUGAAAUGGACAUCUCUCAACAAAAGGCUCACGGACACCUCCUAAAAUUCAGACCCAAUGGUCCAAGUCCAUUCAAGAAUCUACUUCGACUCACCAACCAAGACUCAUCGUCGGAUCCAGUUCCAGAGCAAGCAAGUCUGAAAAAGGCUGACACUCUCAGCAGUCCUGGAUGUGAACGACAAGUACCUGAAGAUAAAAUUAAGAUUGAAGUGGAGCCGUCCAUGAAUGAUUCCCCAGCUCCCUCGACACCGCGUGCUCCUUUAAAGGUGGAACUCCCUGAUCACAAUGAGCCUAGUGAGGCAAAGGGUUCACCAAACCAAAACCUUAUUUCCAAGUCAGACCCAGUUUGUGCCGUAUCAUCUAACCCUAUAGUCAAAUCUGAAGAAGAAUGCGGAGUUAUCAAAGAUUUGCUGACCCUUAAAGUCAAAAGGCCAAAAUCUAAAAAGUCUAAAAAAGAACGUAAGAAUAUGGAUAGUGACGAUCAAGGUGAGACGUCUCAUUCUCAUCAUCGCCGACAUCGACAUCAUCACCACCAAAAGUCUAAGCGUUCCAAAAAGGCGGAACGACACAAAUCCAAAGAAACGGCCCCAACCAGCAUUGAGCUUGACUUUGAACCAGCAAGUACAUCAGGUUGCCAUCGUCGUACAUGCGUAUUAGAAGAAAAUGAUUUGAUGACCGACACUCGUAUUUUGUUUCGAAUGGAUGGAUACUUUUAUCCGGGCAAGAUUCAAGAAAUCAGCCCUCCCGACAUUUAUGGUGUGCUCGUGGAUCACGAACGUGGAAACAAACCUCAUAUUCUUACUCGAGAGGAAAUGUUAAACGAAGUGAUAUUGGAAAUGCGUCCACCUUCAGUCGAGAGUAUUCCAAUCGGGACUCGUGUUUGUGCUUUUUGGAGUCAAAAGUAUCAUUAUCUUUUCCCUGGCAAAGUUGGUGAUCCUGAAUUAGUAGACGCCCGUCUUGGCUCUGACUUUGUAAACAUCGAGCUGGACGACGGAGAUAGUCGCGAUAUUGCUUUGUCCGACAUUCGUCUACUCCCAGUAGGAUAUCCCAUCGUUCAAUACGAGCCAGACGAUAUUGGCCGACGGCGACGCAAGCAAUCAACAGAUUGCUCAUCAACGGAGGCCUCGCCUCUCAAGUCAAGGCUGCUGGUGAGGACCACCAAUCCAGCCACUGUCAUGCCGAAGGCCAGUUUGAAAGUGACCCUAUCUGUCAAAGGCAAGACCAAAGAACAACUCGGCUCUCACCAAAGUGCUUCAUCAGGUUCCUCUCAUUCUGAAUUAACAAAGCCCAAUGUCCACUCGGACAAGAGAGACACAGGGAUAUCAGCCUUUCUGCCGAGUCAGCAAUUGUGGAAUUGGUUCGGACCCCCGGCCAAGAUCCCUAAAAAAGGACGUGGACGCAUCAUUCACACAGGCAUUGCUCGAAAAAAGGAGAAACUAUUUACGGGCGACUGUGCCGUGUUCUUGUCCACUGGACGGCCAGACCGACCGUUUAUCGGAAGACUCGACUCCAUGUGGGAAACCAGCACUGGCAACAAAAGAGUGCGAGUGAAGUGGUUCUAUCACGCGGCCGAGACUGAAGGACUGGCAAAUCAGGGAAAACGGGUUCAAGAUCUGAAACUUCCGGGUGCCUUGUUUGAAUCCAUGCACUUCGAUGAAAACGACCUACAAACGAUAUCUCAUGGAUGCGAAGUAUUGGAAAUUAGCAAAUUCAGGGAAAGAACGCUCCAAGAUCGGAGCAAGUUGGACAAGCUUUAUGAAAACAAUGAUCUUUAUUACCUCGCUGGUCAGUAUGACCCUGUCGAAGGGACCAUUGCGUUUGCCAAUGGAGUGUUUGAGGAAGGGUGAGAGUCUUGGCCAAAGAGAAAAAGGUACUUUGACUUGGUCAUACAGACACACAUCUUUAACCCAAUCCCCAUUCUUACUUAAAUUAUGAGAAACUUGGGACUUCUUUGAAUUACAAGAAGUUGUGCGUUUCGUUUUUUUUCCUUACCAAGUUAUGUUCUAUGACAGAACAAAGAAGCUGCAAUUUUCCCCAAUAUUGAACAAUGCAUUAGCUAAGAUUCGGUUCUUAGUUGAGUGGCUUUUCUCGUAUUUAAAACGUGAAUUUUAAACGACUGUGCGUGUCUUCAAAAAUGAAGUACUUGGUUUUGUUAAUUUUACCAUCUAUUUCGACUGCUGGCAUAUAAUAAUGUACCCUGACACAGAUUUCUUGAAUUUUCGAUAGAUAUUAUCUUUCACAUUAUCAGCAAAGCAUCCCAGUUCUUUGAUUCACAGAGCCCAUACAAGUGUGUGCUCCGAAGAAGUUCCUCUCGUCUUUCAAAAUAUUCAAUGCUUCUUCACUACAGUAGUAAUACUAAUAAUGAUGACGAUAGUAAUACCAUUACAAGGAUCAUAUUGAAAAAUGUCAUCAGAGUAUUCUUGAAUGUUGAAUAUGCUCUUUUCCCUUACUUUCCGUGAAAUACGUUAUAACGUAGUAAUAAUAAUAGCUCUCUACAUUAGCCUAUAGUAUACUAUGAACAUUAUCCCAGCUGUAGUUAAUAUAUCUAUAUAUUUUACAAACACACACACACAUAUAUACACUUUCCUAUGAUUGACCUGUCUCAUCAUAAUCGUGUUUUCACGUACCUGUUACUGCGCUGUGCUUCCUUUUAAUUCAGAAAAAAAUAUUACUCUACGACAUUAUUACAGAUCAAGUAUGAUGAAAGUAUCUCUAUUUUUGUGUCUUGUACCCAAUCUCGCUGGAUCACAAUAAAACAAGGUUCAGGCCUAUGUAAAACCA